UCGGCGCAGCCCCGCCCGGCAUCCGUGCCCUCCGCUGGAUUUAUGAAUGGGGGGAAGAGGCCACAUGCCGCCGCCGCCACCUCGUGUUGACCAUACACAGCCUGGGCCAGAGGAGCUCCGGCUGCCGUGAGAACGUUGGCUGACCCCGGCAGCCGCCCUGAGGACUUGUUGCUGCACUGCCGCCGCCGCGGGGAAAUCGGCCGCUACCGGGCUUGGCGCGGUCUAGGAGCUGGACGGUGGCCCGCGUGAGUGUGAGCGCGCGUGUGCCCCGACCCUAGCAGGGCACCGGGCCUGUGCGCUUUCCAGUCUCCUGGGGGAGGGGGGGAACAGGGGGGCGUGUCCUCGGGUCCCAGUGUCUGUGUGUACCGUCCUAGCCCGGGAGCGUGUCCUCUCCUGCCUCCCUCCCCGGUCUGCCUGCCCAAACCCCAACCACCUGUGCAUCCGAGAAACCCAACUCCUCCAGCUCAGCGCCCCGGGGGGAGAGAGGCAGGGGCAAAGCCACUCCGUUGAGGGACCGCCGCCUCCUGCCGCCUCCUGCCUCCUCCUCCUCCUCCUGGUCUCCUCCCACUCCCCUGCCUGACGCUGCCUCCUCGGGAAGGGUGUUUGGAGGGUAGCGGCCGCCCCAAGCCGGAGCCCCGCAGCGCUUCUUAUGAUCAGCUCGGUGUGUGUCUCCUCCUACCGCGGGCGCAAGUCGGGGAACAAGCCUCCGUCCAAAACAUGUCUGAAGGAGGAGAUGGCCAAGGGCGAGGCGUCGGAGAAGAUCAUCAUCAACGUGGGCGGCACGCGACAUGAGACCUACCGCAGCACCCUGCGCACCCUGCCCGGCACCCGCCUCGCCUGGCUGGCCGAUCCCGACGGCGGGGGCCGGCCUGAGUCGGAUGGCGGCGGCUGUGGAGGCGCGGGCGGCAGCGGGGGCGGAGGCUGCGAGUUCUUCUUCGACCGGCACCCCGGCGUCUUCGCCUACGUGCUCAACUACUAUCGCACCGGCAAGCUGCACUGCCCCGCCGACGUGUGCGGGCCGCUCUUCGAGGAGGAGCUCACCUUCUGGGGCAUCGAUGAGACCGACGUGGAGCCCUGCUGCUGGAUGACCUACAGGCAGCAUCGCGACGCCGAGGAGGCGCUCGACAUCUUCGAAAGCCCGGACGGAGGAGGCGGCGGUGGCGGUGGCGGCGCCGGGCCCGGAGACGAGGCCGGCGACGAGGAGCGCGAGUUGGCCCUCCAGCGCCUGGGUCCUCAUGAGGGAGGUGUGGGCCCUGGCUCCGGGUCCGGGGGCUGCCGUGGCUGGCAACCCCGUAUGUGGGCGCUCUUCGAGGACCCCUACUCUUCCCGGGCAGCCAGGGUGGUGGCCUUCGCCUCCCUCUUCUUCAUCCUGGUGUCCAUCACCACCUUCUGCUUGGAGACUCACGAGGCCUUCAACAUAGACCGCAACGUGACUGAGAUCCACCGGGUGGGCAAUAUCACCAGUGUGCGGUUCCGCCGCGAGGUGGAGACCGAGCCCAUCCUGACCUACAUAGAAGGGGUGUGUGUGCUGUGGUUCACGCUAGAGUUCCUGGUGCGCAUCGUGUGUUGCCCUGACACACUGGACUUUGUCAAGAACCUGCUCAACAUCAUUGACUUCGUGGCCAUCCUGCCCUUCUACCUGGAAGUGGGGCUGAGCGGCCUCUCGUCCAAGGCUGCUCGUGACGUGCUGGGCUUCCUACGCGUCGUACGCUUCGUGCGCAUUUUACGCAUCUUUAAGCUCACCCGCCACUUUGUGGGCCUGCGCGUGCUGGGUCACACGCUGCGUGCCAGCACCAAUGAGUUUCUGCUGCUCAUCAUAUUCCUGGCUCUGGGCGUGCUCAUCUUCGCCACCAUGAUCUACUACGCCGAGCGCAUCGGCGCUAGGCCCUCCGACCCACGGGGCAACGACCACACCGACUUCAAAAACAUCCCCAUCGGCUUCUGGUGGGCUGUGGUCACCAUGACAACGCUGGGCUAUGGGGACAUGUACCCCAAGACAUGGUCGGGCAUGCUGGUGGGGGCGCUGUGUGCGCUGGCUGGUGUGCUUACCAUUGCCAUGCCCGUACCUGUCAUUGUCAACAACUUCGGCAUGUACUACUCCCUGGCCAUGGCCAAGCAGAAGCUGCCUAAGAAACGGAAGAAGCAUGUGCCCCGGCCAGCCCAGCUCGAGUCACCUGUCUACUGCAAGUCGGAGGAGACCUCACCACGGGACAGCACCUACAGUGAUGCCAGCCCCCCUGCCCGGGAAGAGGGCAUGGUGGAGAGGAAGCGGGCAGACUCGAAGCAGAAUGGCGAUGCCAGUGCGGUGCUGUCAGAUGAGGAGGGAGCUGGCCUCACUCAGCCCCUGGCCUCUGCCCCAACCCCCGAGGAACGCCGAGCCCUGCGCCGCUCAGGCACCAGAGACAGGAACAAGAAGGCAGCGGCUUGCUUCCUGCUCAGCGCCGGGGACUAUGCCUGUGCCGAUGGCAGUGUCCGCAAAGGAUGUGCCAAGUCCCGGAGUCUAAACAACAUAGCCGGAACGGCUGGAAGCAGUCUGGGGCUGUCUCCACUGGCAUCGCGGUACAGCUCGCCCUACUCUCCGAGAAAGCACUUGCUCUCCCAUCCCUUUCCCCCCAUCACCAACCCAUCACCUAGGCACUCUGCCCCUUAGUGACACCUGGACUCUGUUGGCACCUGCAUGCACCUGAAAGACACAUUCACAUUCCCUCUGCCCUUGACCCUCCUGGGGUCCUCAGGGAAGCACGGGAGGCUUCCUGCCAGGACAGAAAGAUUUGGCCCAAGUGUCUUGUCCACAUCACCCAGCUCUCUAGAAUGAGCAUUCAGGGGGACAGAUUUUUCCAGGGCUGUUCCCCUAUGCUGCACCCUCGAUGAGCUCUUCUGAGCCACAGGAGCCAGCACAUCUGGAGCCCUACCUCCCUCUUGGUCCCAUGAGCCAGCCUCCACAGCCAGGCCUGACUGGAGAAGGCCCACGAUGCACCCGGACUGCUUAGUCUCACUGGAGAGUCAUGCCUGUGUUCAUAUUUGUCAUCACGGCAACUAUAUCAUCCUGCUCUGUGGCCUUAUAAUACAGAAACCAGACAGCCCAUCUGUCUGUCUGUCUGUCCAUCCCAUUCAGGUGGUGAGCAGGCUGUGGUGUAGGGCGUGGCUGCUGGCACAAAGGAGGCUAGACUUCUAGCAGGCAAUGCGCCCAUGGGCAGUGGCGCUGCAGAAGAGGCCUGAGGUUUUCCAGCUUGCGCCUGGGGCGCAUGUGGGGCUUCCUAGAAGGUGGAGGAGUCUCAGGCUUGGCACAGCUUGGAGCUGGCUGCCUAGGCACAGGGUGACCCUCAUCUCUUGGGAGGCCUAUCCCUGCCUGGAUUCAGCGGGUGACUGCCCACGGCGGUACCCAGCAUCCCAUCUGCACUCUGAGCUGCGGGAGCUGCGGUUUCUCUCGCACUGCUUCCUCUGCUUCCGCGACAAUUUUUCCUCCCUCUCCAGCUUCCCUCCAACUCCCAGCCUUGCUUCUGAGUCACCUGCCGCUCCCACCCAGCCUCUGUGCUGUGUUUUCCUGCCAGAACCGGAGACUCAUCUAAUUUCUAUAAUUAAGUGUAUUCAUUUACCUAACGAGCCCAGGAGCACAACAUGUUGGUGAGUCAUGGGCGAGAGGGGUGCACCUUGAGCAGGGGCAGCUGAGGGGAAGUGCUGCUGCACCUGUUCUUGCCACCACUCGCAAGGAGGCCCCACCUGCCAGCCGGCCCCUCCCCCAGCAGGUCUUCAUCGGUCCAGUAGCUGGCUGGGCUCUGGGACCAGGAAGCAACUGAGAACACUUUGGCCAAGACAUUUCCUGUUUCACCUGAUGGGAAUUAGACCUGACAUCAGGGCCAUGCGCCUGGCCAUUUUUAGAGUCAGAUUAUGCAACUUGGUCGAGGGACUGAUUGAGUGAGGUACCUGCAUGCUGCUUCCAGGGUGGGCACAGAUAGGCAUGGCCAGGCAGCCUGCAGGUACUCAACCAGAGGCCAGGCAGUAAGAGGCCAGGAGCAUCCUCAUCUUUGGCAGACAUGGUAGUGUCCCAUCUGGAAAACUGUUUACACUGGGCACCAGGAUGCCCCAAUCCAGCCAUAAUUGAUGCUGCCUGCCUAGGGCUUGCCCCAAGGAGGACAUGACUCCUGAGAGCUGAGAAGAGAAAUCCAUUCUGGAGCAUUCUUGCGACAGCCGCUCCGCAGGGCACAAACCUCGUUGGGUGUUACGUUGCAGGUGCCAGGCAGCCGCUCCUCCCACAGCUGAGCAAGCAUGUGAGCAGGGCUUCCUGGCACCCAGGGCUGGGGUCUGAUGGGGACAUGAGGUACCAGGUGUGUAGCUGGGCGUGGGUGCCGUAGUGUUUCUCCUCUGACUUGCCUCUGACUUGCCACUCUGGUUCAGGGAACCAAGCUGGCUAUUUCUGUGGCAGCCCUCGAGUUGUCAGGAGCCCAAGUUUCCACGGCACCCACCGCCUCCUUCCCGCUCUUGCCUCCCACGGGGAUGGGCAUGCUCACGGCACCCCUGUGGUGGGCACAGAUGUCCCUGGGCGACACAAUGCAGCAGUGCCAGGCUGGAGGCCCUCGUGCCUGGAGGGGAGCUGAGCCCCCUACGUUCCCCUCCUGGCUCUGGAAGGCAAACAGGACCCAACUGAUGAGAAGAUUGAGGAGG